ACCUCUCACUAGUCGGACGUCCGCGCGAGAGUUCCACACACCACUCAAGACAUCGCGGCGCUCGGCAGUCCGGCACCGGUCUCUGUGAUAACAGCUUCAAGUGUUCAUACAGGUCUAGCACUUAAUCACUCACUGUUCAGUGAAUCGGUCAAUCGGUCAAUCGCUCGUGCCCAUUCCACUUCGCACAGGUGCGAAAGAAAGUGUGUCCUCCUCCUUCCCCUGGGAAGAACCGGUUUGUGGUGCUUAAUUGGUGUGUUUGCGCUAAAGUGUGCUCUCAAUCAACAAAGUUCAAGUGCGAUGGCAUCAAAGGAUGAGAGCAGAUUCAUCAUCAGCGGUGGGCCCGAACCGCAGAAUAUUACGGAGGGGUUCGGUUCGAUGGGGGCCUUUGUCCGGAACCGGAUGCGCCGUAACGGGAACGAUGUGGCUGUGAUUGACGGCGUGUACGGAACGGAAGUGCAAUAUCUGGAACUGCUGGAGCAGUCCGUGCGGCUGGCCGAGUGUCUCCGGACGUUGGCAGGCAUCCGGGUGGGAGACGUAAUUGGUAUCGUCAGCGAAAACCGGCUCGAGUUCCCGGCGGUGCUGUUUGGGGCGCUCUUUGUCGGUGCCACCGUCGCGCCCAUCAAUCUGACCUAUUCCGAGCGUGAACUGGAGCACGCGUUCAGCCUGUCCAAGCCGAAGCUGAUCUUCGUGUCGCCAUUUUCGGCGGAUCGCGUCGUGGCGGCGGCCCGACGAAACCGGCACAUUGUCCAGAAGGUGGUCCUCUUCGGGGACGAGAAUCCCUUCGUUGAGGGUCAGGAUCAGCGGGAUGUAGUUCUUUUUGAAGAGUUUCAACGAUCGGUUACGUUCGUGAACCCGCUGACCUUUUACAUUCCCACGGUGGACAUUGAUCAGCACGUGGCGCUGAUCAUGUGCUCUUCCGGGACGACGGGGCUGCCGAAGGGUGUCCAGCUCACCCACGCCAACCUGUUAGCCAGUAUCGCGCUGUUGGAGGAAUCCUCGAACCUCAUGGAACCACCUCCCGGAGGGAUCGUAUUACUCGGAGUUCUGCCCUGGUUCCACGCGUACGGUUGCAUGACCCUGAUCAACGUGAUCUGCAACAAGCAGAAGCUCGUAUCGCUGCCCAAAUUUGAGGAAGGUCUCUUCUUAAGCUGUAUCGAGAACUACCGCUGCACCAUGAUCUUCGUUGUACCACCGCUAGUCGUUUUCCUCGCAAAGCAUCCGCUAGUAGACAGCUACGACCUGUCCAGCAUCGAUACGCUCCUCUGCGGAGCCGCUCCUUUGAGCAAAGAGACGGAAGACCUGGUGAAGGCACGACUCAACGUUCGACACGUCCGUCAAGGUUACGGCAUGAGCGAGACUACGCUGGCAACGUUGGUCCAGAACGGAGAGUGCCACAAAAGCGGGAGCGUCGGCAAGGUACAGAUCGGAACGCUGGCCAAAGUGAUCGAUCCGGAAACGGGCAAGCUGCUCGGGCCGAACCAACACGGCGAACUCUGCUUCAAGGGAUCCCAGAUCAUGAAGGGUUACAUUGGCAAUGAAAAGGCAACGCGCGAAACUAUCGACCAGGACGGAUGGCUGCACACCGGAGACGUCGGAUACUACGAUGAAGACUUUGAGUUCUUCAUCGUGGAUCGACUAAAGGAGCUGAUCAAGUACAAGGGCUUUCAGGUACCGCCGGCCGAGAUCGAAGCGAUUCUGCUGACCAACCCGAAGGUAAAGGACGCGGCCGUCAUUGGACUGCCGGACGAGGCCGCCGGAGAACUUCCGCUGGCGUUCGUGGUUAAACAGGACGGUGUGGACAUUAGCGAGGCCGAGAUCAAGAAGUACGUUGCCGAUCGGACAUCACCGGCCAAGCGACUGCACGGUGGCGUGAGGUUCAUCGCGGAGAUUCCCAAAAAUCUUAGCGGGAAGAUUCUGAGGCGGGAACUAAGGGCAAUGCUGCAAACACCUAAAUCUAAGUUGUAGGUUCGCAGUCGUUCUUAAAUUACACUCCGUUACGUUCGGUACAAA